ACCCUAUAGUAUUCUCGUCAUCUGCCUUCAUGUCCAUCAAACGUCCAACAUGUCUGCCUCACACGGUGACCGUGGAACGGGCGAAGAUGAUAUUGAUGAGCAUUCAUCUGAGUCUUGCGAACUUCUGAUUCUCUACGCUACGGAAACUGGCACAGCUCAAGAGACCGCCGAUCGCAUCGCCAGGGAAUGUCGACGAGUCCGUUUUCACUGUCGUGUGCAGAGCAUGGAUGCGUAUCCACCGGAAGCAUUGAUUUCGGAGCACCUGGUCAUCUUCGUGGUUUCGACGACCGGCUGGGGAGCUGAACCCAGAGCCAUGACUUCGUUGUGGAACAUGUUGCUGAGGUCUGAUCUCCCAAAUGACCUAUUCGAGGACAUGUAUUUCUGCGUUUUUGGCCUUGGAGACACGGCUUAUGAGAAAUUUUGUUGGCCGGCGAAGAAGCUAUCGAGAAGGAUGCAGAGUUUGGGAGGGUAUGAGAUUUGUUCUCGGGGGGAAGGAGACGAACAGCAUCGCCUGGGGGUAGAUGGUGCCUUGGAUCCUUGGGUCGAACAUCUACUGGGAGUACUCCUGCAGCUCUACCCGCUACUGUCGCACGAGCAAGAUAACAUUCCGGCUGGUCGACCACCACCUCGGGUAUCCAUGAGUGAUUUAGAGUCUGAUGCCUCCCUGAAUCCAGAUCCUCUGGAUGAGGACAAGAAGUUCCAUACAGCUUCGGUGAAAUGCAACAGACGGAUCACUGCGGAAGAAUGGUUUCAGGACGUUCGUCAUUUCGAAUUUUCCUUCGAAGAUGAUAUCAAAUAUAAUCCUGGAGAUGUUGCUGUGAUUCAUCCGUCUGCAGCUGCAUCAGAGGUCGACUCUUUCCUUGUUACCAUGGGCUGGGCAAAUAUUGCCGACGAUCUUUUUGCAGUAGGACAUACAAUGCUAGAUCAAACGUUGCCCGAUCAUCUACCGAGCAUAGUCUCUCUUCGAAUCCUCUUCACGCGCUAUCUCGAUUUUAAUGCUGUGCCCCGCCGUUCUUUUUUCCAAUUGCUGCGAUUUUUCGCUACCGACGAGCUUGAACGCGAAAAACUAGAUGAAUUUGUAUCGAUAGAAGGAGCGGAUGAAAUGUAUGAUUAUUGUCAACGCGUAAAACGCACGAUAUGGGAGGUGUUAACCGAGUUUCGGUCAGCAAGGAUACCGAGAGAGUAUAUCUUUGACCUGUUCCCCCCACUGAGGCCAAGGGAGUUCUCCAUUGCUAGUUCCAUCGAGCUCCAUCCCCACGAAAUCCAUCUCUGUGUUGCUAUAGUGCGCUAUCGCACAAAGUUGAAAAUUCCUAGGAAAGGCGUCUGUACUAGUUAUUUAUCAGGUCUUAGGCCAGGAGAUACCCUUCGCAUCGGUCUCAGAAAGGGCUUCAUAUCCCUUCCGACGGAUCCAAACACGCCAGUCGUGUGCGUUGGUCCAGGAACAGGCAUUGCACCUAUGCGUGCCGUCAUUGAACAACGUAUACACGGGGGACACAACAAUACUACCUUAUACUUUGGUUGCCGUUCUGCACACAAGGAUCAACACUAUCACUCGGAAUGGGAAUCUUAUGCGGAAGAACAAACAAUCCACUACCGCGUUGCGUGUUCUCGUGACGGACCAGAAGGUGUUAAACGGACGUAUGUCCAAGAUCUGAUGCAGAAGGACGCACAGGAUAUUUGGACAAUGUUGGGGCAGCAACGAGGCAUCCUUAUCAUCUCAGGUUCUUCAAACAAAAUGCCUACUGCAGUUCGUGAAGCCGUGCGAGGUGCAGUGGAGAGGUUCGGAGGAAUGUCGAAUGCUGAGGCUGUGGAGUAUGUGGCUGCGAUGGAGAGGGAUGAUCUGAGUCAUUCAUUUGAAGUAAAUGUACAGCUUGAUCGAAUGAUAUCGGCACACUUUGUGUGGAUCCCACUGCGAAGACAAGCGCUUAGCUUAUGUAUUAGAGUGGCCGAAUAUCACCGUCAGUGGCUCAGCACUCUUCAGUUUCAUCCCAACAUGCCUCCGAGUCAACAUUCAAGAGUAGAACGUGAUUUAACUGACCAAUCUAGUCUGGAAUAUACCAUCAACCAUGUUUUUUGCCCACUCAAGUUACCACAAAGGAGCGACCAUUCCCUUGAGAACGAUCUUGCCUUAUCUCAGGCGAUAGUGGAUGCCGCUCUCGUCUUCAGCGACCAGCUACCGUCCGAUAAGCGGCUGCUCUGGAUGAGCAGCUUGAAGAUGCUCCAGAACCUGAAAGAUUCAAUCAGAUUUAGCGCGUUGUCCGAAAAGGAAGUCGAAUCUCAUAUUAGUGCUAUGAACAACAAAGAUGUCCUUGUAUACAUGAUUCGCGCACAAAACGCCGCGGUGGUCAUGAGAAAACUCGAAUCCGAGACCAUAUUCGAAUCUUUCGAGGUCUCUCCCGACCCCACCGCAGUGAUGAGCGCAAAGGGAAAGCUGAUUUGUUUGUAUCCUGGACCUGCUAUCACAGUCCCGGAUACGAACAUCGACAGUGCUACCUUUCCCGCCGAGCUGGCGAAUUUUCUUGUUCGCAUGGAUCAAGAUGUCCUUGAUGCGGCAGCGACGAGGAGGAAAGCCGGAUCCACUGUGCUCGAAGAGAGGGACACAACUCAUCCUCGAUAUAUCACAGAACUACUGACCGGUAUAUUGCGUGGCCUUGGGAGCAUUGCUGAUGUUCCUCACAUCCGCAAGCGCAUCGGAGAUGAUGUGCUGUGGGACAGCGCGAAAUUGCCGUGGAGGCGCUCUCCACUUUGGCUUGUAAUCCGCGUUGCCUUACAAACAACUCUGGAGCGCAGUGCUCUUGGGCGAACGACGUAUAAAUCAUUCAUGCUAUUCUCCAUGGCGAGGCUGACUACCCUUGCCCUCGACCAUGACUUUUCAAACGACAUCCUACACUUCAUGUCCGCAAAAAUUGCACGCCGCCUUUUCAAGCUUGGUUCCUCUGCUUCUCUGGAGUUAUCGCAGAUGGUCAAUGUGGUCACCAGUAAUGUAAGGAGUAUUUUAGAGGGAAGAUGGGGAUCCGUUCAAGACGCGCAACGGGCCUCGCCUCGUUGGGCUCCCGAGACCCUCCGAGUUUUGCGAGACACUCAUCUUUCCUUGAACACCAGCCGAGAGUACAUUCACCAAGCUUUGCAGAAUCAGCAUUCGUCUCCUCAACUCGCAGCCUCGCUCAAUCCCAGUCACCCCCCGCGCGGGACAAUAGACAAUUUCCUGGGUGUUGAUGCCGGCUUCCUGAUAGCCACUCAUGCUACAGAACCGUCUCUUGCCCUCACAGAUUUCGAGACGGUCGUUAGAUCAGGGAUCGACGACUGGGUAGCGCGUGUUUCAUUUCAGAGCAUCGAUUUCGCAUGCGUCUCGAUUGAGGCGUGCGCCUCCGCGUACUCCUCGAGAGCGCUAAUCGCUUACAAGGGAAACCCGGAGAAUUUGUCAAUCAUGCUUCUCACUCUUUUCGAGCUUUGGGUAGCCAUGGACAAGAUUGUUGUUGGACAAAUCCCACUCUUGGCAGAAUAUUGCCCUGAAAUUCCAUUGGCCCUUUGGGAGCAUCUGCUAAUCCACCAAUCUUCAGCCCUUGCCCGUUUAAAGCAGUUACGUGCCUACCUGAAAGCUCGUCAUUGCCAGGCUUCCAGCCAUCUGUCGGCGUUCUCGUCUACCAAAGACGACAAGACGUUUGCAGUGCGAUAUUUUUACCAGUCAUCCCAGCUGCAGCGUCUGAAGCUGGCCAUCGAGGCGGAUGCUCAUGAAGAGCGGAAGAAGAAGUUAACUGAGCUUCAGACGCUCAAUAAAAGAUACGCCGAUCUAGAGAAGCGCACAACAAGCUUAUCACACGAAUACGGAGUCAAUUCCCGCGGAUGGGAGUACCACAAGACAAAUGUUUGUCAAAAGUGUCGCCUGGAGAAGGAGAUGCGAUCCAUGAUGAUUACAGUUCACGAGUGGCCGCUACCAGCGCGUGAAAAGGAGGCGAUCGUGGUCGUGUUUGAGUUAACGUGCCCCAUCGCGUUCGACAUGUGGAGAUCUGUGACAUUCCAUGUCCUCGUUGACGUCUGCACUCCAGGAACGAUUUUGCCUACCCAUCACUUCACGACACUGCAAAGAUAUGAUGCCUUGCAGCGAUACCGUUCAUGGGCAGGCGACGUACUGCUGCGCUGCCAUUCUAGUACCAAGUUGUGCACUUUUCUUCUUCCCAAGGGACCAUAUGAUGGUUUGCAGCGGUACCUUGCAGGAACGUCCCACACAUCGAACGAGGUUAUAGCCAAUCAGGCUGAUUGUCACAAGGACAUCACCAUCCACGAAUUCAUCGCCUUCGGAGCCUUGCGGAGUGGACCGCUGCUGCAAUGGAUGAACGUGCUACGUGAACUCCGUGAUAGGACACUCAAUUUUCGCCGUGAAGAAGUCCAUCUACUGUUAGCACAAGCUGUUUCACAGGUUGGCCCACCUUCGUCCGACGACGACCUUAUUUGGCACGAGGAGCUGAACAGCGUACCCUUCAUUGGUGCACUACUGGGAGAGCUAGAGUAUUUGAUGGCAAGUGUCGAAGGAAAUUGGUUGGAAGGUGUCACGAUCAGCACUAUCGUCAUGCUUGCAUGCCGCGUCUUGUCCUCGACUCAGGAAGAGAGCAUCAAAAGUCGCGGAUAUUCGCUCCUUCGAAGGAUACGAACUGCGACCUUUACGUUACUGAGGCAGCUUUCAGAGAAAAUGCAAUCCAGCAAUGAUGAGACUGUCAGUCGGGAGCUACAAGGACGUGUUCGUGAUAUGGCAGCCACCUGUCGGAGUACAUUUGACUUUGACGUUGACGUUAACGCUUCGCUGCUCCUGACGUCGAACGACGACAUCAAGAUAUAUUCAUAUUGUGCGGUCAUGAUUUAUGACAACACCCCAAGCCAACUAGGUGAUCUUCCACAACAUUCCAAGCUACUGCUAGAGCGAGACAAGAGAUGCUGUUACGCACUGGAACCCGCUGUUCGUCAAUACGCAGAACUUCACAGGGAGGGUCUUGAUUGCGCGAUUGCGGAGAUUUGGGGCAACUACAGACCAGGAACUCCUUGGAGGGCACUGCCAGCUCCGAAUUCUCGUUGGCUUGUGACGCAUACUGCGUAUUCGUGCUCUCAAUCAUCGCAGAAUGUCCACUUCAAUUUGCAAGUUUUGGAUAUCGUUCCAGCUGAUAUUCCUGGAAUGGAGUAUGCCACACGCGGGAAUGUCUGCGACCAUCAGGUGUUGUUCGCCCUCCGCGACUCGAACAAUCUCAUCAUCCGUGCGAAGCAUAUCAAACAAGACUCGCCUAUCCUUCAACUCAUUCCGAGCCCAAAGUUUAUGGGUGACCUACCGACAACUUUGAUAGUCGGCCAUACCCACUGGCUCAACUUGAGCACGAGCGAAAUAGAGAUUCGGCCAGCAGAAAAUGUAUGGAACUCCUCGCCCGAAAAUUGGGUCCUACGAUUUGCCGUUUCGGGCCCUUCGACGUUGCAGAAUGCUGGAGGUGUCACUCUUGUUGACAUACGUAGCCAAACAUGGGAAAUGAUCUCCAAGAGGAUGCGUCCUCUGGAGGACGCCCGCUACAUCAUGGUCACGCAUAACAAAGCCUCGGGCAGCACUUACUCACUGAAGGCUGAUUUACCUCGAUAUGGUCUCGAAUUCUUCAUCGACGAAGAUGGGGAACUGCAGUCCCGCAACAUGCGCAACAUGGUCGUUGAUGCCAUUCAGUCUACUGGAACGAUGUUGGGCUUGGUCAAUCAACUCGUCUUGCGUCCGAAAUCGCAAAUUGCGGAUGAGCAUCCACACACUGUCAUCGUCCCAGACGGUCGUAUCUCAUACUCUAGUAACGGCCAUCACGUCCGUGUUACCAUCACUCCCGAAGGCACCCGAGUGACACACCACCUGUACAAGGUUGAUACAGAUUUACGCUGUCUCACUGGGAAUGUGGGUCUUACGAGCAAGCUCUAUCAGGCGCUCCUCCAUGCUGUUACCAGCGGCUGUCUCCCUGAUCCCCUGACGGGUCGAACGGGGACAGAAGAGGCAUUGCAUCUCUUGCAUUCUGCAGCUUGCCGGUCUUUUAUGAAGCUUCGCUCUCGUGAUACAGAUCUUUUGCGCGAGAUUAAUUCGCUGUCAACCAAGCGCAUCUGGUAUCCCACUCAUCUUCGGAAGAUGCAGACAGUGUCAUGGUCGUGCCUUGAUCCACUCGCACAGCACUAUGGUUUCCAUCCAGUCGCGAAAUCUAUCAUGGACUACGGCAUGCAGUUGUCAGCUUUUUCAGAUGGGUCUUCAAAUAUUCAUCCUAGCUUUGAUCUUCCACCAUUCACCAGCCACCUUCUCGAGCGCGCGUCCAUUCGUGCAUCGGCGGUCUAUCCUGACCAAUCCCCUCUUACACUUCCGCUCGGCAACACAGAUGUCAUCUAUGCUUCGCGCGAUGUACCAGAUAAACAUGCGGAAGAGAGAGCAUUUCACGCUGCCUUCAUGGUACACCAGUGGCCAAGCAGGCUGCCGGUGCAACGAAAUCUCCUCAGUUUGUUGACCCAGUGGAAACAUGUUCAGGGCAUGGGGGAAUCGCUCAGCUUGCGAUACUCCAAAGACUGGCUUCAGCCGACUUAUCCUGACAUCUUCCUUUCUGCGUACGACCGCUUUCGUAGUGCUACGAAGAAAGACAUGUUUCAGCUGGUUUUCACCCUGGCUUCAUUAUCAUAUGGCUUGUUGGACGAUCAUUUGCUCGUCCCAACAUUGCUAGCCUUCGCCACAAUUGCCGAAAUUCGCAGCCUGGGUGAACCACUAAAGUUCGCCUCCUAUGAUCUCUCGGAUGGUUUCAGGCCUUCCGAUGCGAUACUGGACAAUAUCCUUUCGAAGACAAGUGUCGCUCCGAAGGGCAAAUCAUUCUCAGGGAACUUCGAGACGCUUGGCCGUGCGAAGACCCUCCGGAUCUUAAUACGCUGCGACUGUUGGCGGAACCGUCAUUUGAAGCAACACCUGGAUGACCUGCAGGGGACUCUCGAACGGUUCCACGCUCCCCAUCCUCCGUCGAAACUGCCCUCGCAGUACAUUCUUGAUUCCCACCUUGAUCACUCAGAUUUUCAAGUCGCAUCACCAACCUCAUCUGUUGAUGCCCAGUGCCUCUUUGAUAGGAAUCCGCCUGUUAUACGCAUGUUCCGGUCUUCCAAACUUCCAACCAGUGCCGAUCGGAGAGAUUUAGUGUCUCCAGACCCUGGAGUCACAAUGAGGUUGCAACAGCUGAUCAACAACUUUCGCGACGAAGGAAGUAACAAAUUCCGCCGUAACUACGCUAAUGAUCUGGAGCAGAGCAAGUCAAUUUUCUGUGAGGAGAAGCUUGUUGCCCCGCCAGAUCCUACGACGUAUACUACCGAGGUACUGCUUGAGCACCAUUCUCUGCAUAGCCAGCAAUUCCGACAUUCGCUCGCAAGCAUCGUAGACGCCCUUUCCCCUACUUCUGCUGCCGAGAACGCGUUGUAUAAUGCUGGGUUGUGGCCCCGAAUCACACCAAACUUCCUCUUCAUUCACAUGGCAUCUAUAUCAGGAAAUUGUUUGGGGAAUGCAUGGCGUACGGCUCUCGUCCACUUGUCACAGAUACUUCUCCAACUGCAGCGCUCGCGAAGGUUGUUUGUCUUUGCUGCUAAUAAAAACUGGGUGGAGUUCUUCAAGGAAUUGGAGAAUGAAGAAUGCGAGGGAUUUGAUCCUGAGCUGUACCCCGAUUGGCUUUUAAUCCAGUUAUCGAUAAUGAGUGUCCUCAGAUUGAAAGUGAAGGUUGCGCUGGAGAUGAUAUCGCCAUGCACGGGAAGAAAUACUUCUCUCCAGCUGAACAUGGGCGAAGGGAAAUCCUAUGUGAUUGUUCCCUUCGCAGCCGCCGCACUUUCUGACGGCCACAAGGUGGUUCGAGUAAUCGUGCUGAAGUCGUUGUCUGCUCAGAUGUUCCAGCUCCUGGUUGAACGACUAAGCGGCCUUGCGCAGAGGCGCAUUUUCUAUAUCCCAUUCUCUCGCGCUCUCUCCAUCGACUCAUCGAAGGACACUAAGGGCAUUCUGGUUGUGCAACCGGAUCAUAUCUUGUCAUUCGAGUUGAUGGCUGUUGGCCGUCAGCUGUUUCCUUGGUCUGUAGCCGCUAAAGAGAUGCUACAAGCUCAGCUGUGGCUCGCAAGUCACACACGGGACAUCCUGGACGAAAGCGACGAAAUUCUGCACGUUCGCUACCAAUUGGUGUACACUGUCGGUCUCCAAAGGUCGCUUCAGGGUCACCCUGAAAGGUGGACGACCACACAACAAGUGCUGAGUCUUGUCGCAACGCACGCAGCUCGACUCGUGAGCCAAUUUCCCUCCUACUCAGAAGUAUCUACACGCGAGCACGGAGCAUUCCCCUUCAUUCGCGUCCUCCAUCCGACAGCAGGUGAAGAAUUGGUCCAAUGGAUCGCACAAGAUGUUACCAGUGGCGCGCUUGAAAAUCUCAGCUUCGACCAAGCAUCUCUCCGCAUGAAACAAGCUGUCCGCCAGUUCAUCACAAUCGAAGAGAUAUCCAAUGACUGUAUCAGCUUAGUGGAGGAUCGCUAUCGAGGCACCACCGUCUGGCCCGGCCUUCUAGUUUUGCGUGGAUUGCUGGCAUGUGGUAUCUUGGUGUAUGCCCUCAAAGAACGUCGCUGGCGCGUGGACUAUGGUCUUGCACCCAAGCGAACGAUGUUGGCCGUUCCGUUCCGUGCCAAAGACAUGCCCUCGCUGCGGGCAGAGUUUGGCCAUCCAGAUGUUGCUGUCACCCUCACGUGCAUAUCGUACUAUUAUGCUGGUCUUACCCACGAGCAGUUGCUGGUAUGCUUCGAGCUUCUGCUGAAGGAGGAUAAUCCCGUUCUUGAGUAUGAAUCAUGGGUGCUUGGACUUCAGUCCGUCCCAGAAAGUCUGCGGCACCUUAACGGAAUCAAUACGGAAUCCGCAGAGCAGUUCCGCGACCUUCAACAACUGUUCGCAUUCAACAAGGCAGUCAUAGAUUUCUACCUGUCUCGCGUAGUUUUUCCCAAGGAAGCCAGGGGGUUCCCCAAGAAACUCACCUGCUCUGGAUGGGAUCUCGCUCAAGAGAAGCGACAUCUAACAACCGGCUUCUCUGGUACAAACGACAAUCGCUAUCUGCUACCGAGCUCGAUGGUGCAGCACGACCUUGAUUACCAACGCAGCACGAAUGCCCGAGUCCUAGCGUUUCUUCUGCGCCCGGAAAAUGAUUGCUACAGAUGCAUACCGCCCGGCCACAAUGUGCACGACUUCAUCAAUGCCCUAAUCGCACAAACCCCCGAGAUCCGUGUCCUGCUGGACGUGGGUGCGCAGAUGCUGGAAUUGAAGAAUCAAGAGUUGGCCGAAGCAUGGCUUCGAGCCAAGCGCGACGCCCAAGCUGCGGUCUUCGUGAAUGACGACGACGAACUCGUUGUUGUCAGUCGGGACGGGACAGUCGAACCCCUUGUGUCAUCCCCCUUUGCACAGCAGCUUGAUCAAGGAACAGAUGUCAAGCUGCCUUCCGGUUUCCGAGCUGCUGUCACGCUUGGCCCCAAAGUCACGAAGGACCGCCUGACGCAAGGAUGCAUGCGAAUGCGGAAGCUGGGCAAUGGGCACUCAGUGAUGUUCUUCGCUCCGACUGAAGUCGACCGGAACAUUCGUUCGGCAACUCAGAAAGCUGAUAGCGACGAUGUCGACGUGGCAGAUAUCCUUCACUGGGCGAUGGUGGAAACCUGUCUUGAUAUUCAGAUGCGCGCAUCCCACUGGGUUCAACAAGGCUCGGAUUUCAAUGCACGGCAUUCCGCAUGGGCUCAAUUCCUACGUACCUCUACUUCCACGUCCACCCUGAAGAAUGCCUGGUUGCAGCCAGAGGAACGUUCGCUAGAAGCUAUGUAUGCACCCCACAGUUCCCCACAACCAUUCAAGUUCUUCGAUCCAGACAUUCAAAGGAAGUGCGAGGAACUCGGAGUCGUAUCGGCAUCGGCACGAAGCAUGGAUGAGGAACAAGAAAGGGAGGUGGUUCACGAGGUAGAAAGAGAGAGAGAGCAUCGGGUAGAAAGACCACCCAGUGUCAAACCUGCAGCCCAUGUUCUACAUCCAGACGUCCGUCGAUUCAUCGAGACCGGCCGAAUUCCCCUCGGGUCUCCUGCGUUUAUUCGAGCGCUGUCCAGCCUUGUCAACACCACUGCUGUAUUUCAGGAGCGUGAUCAAUGGGCACAGAAUGUUCUAGUCACCCGUGACUUUGCUCGUACGGUGGGGAAUCUCUCUGCUCAAAAGGCGGAUGAUUAUCUGCGGCCCGUCAAUUGGGUUAUAUUCAGUGGCGUUGGACGCUCCCCAUUACUUGUGGUCGCGAGCCCGAACGAAGUGAACACACUACUACCUGAUAUCCGCAGAAGCAAUGUAGUUUACCUGUGCAUCUACACUUCUCGCACCACAAAAACGAUGCAGGCAUGCGAUGACCUUCGCCUCUACUGUAUUCCUUCGACGCCACAGUUAACAAGAUCAGAACAGCUGAUUUGCCAGCUCAACCUUUUUGCGGGUCAACUCUAUUUCUCCAAUUAUGAGAUGUAUCUCCGCACUUGCAACUUCUUAGGGCUCAACGCACCGGAUUUGGGGGACGAGGACUUAAUCGCCGACAGCGACGGGUUCAUCAAGGAGGAGAAUCGUCCUGCUGCGAGAGCGUCGUGUUCAUUCAAGCGAUCCCAGCUUCUUCCACUGAAGGAGUUGUUCGGGAUGAGAAGGAAAGGCAUGGGAUAUCUGCCAACUCACCUCGGAAAGAUGCUCAAUGGCCGUAUUUUGACUGAGGAGGAUUUCCUCGCAUGAGUGCGAGGUUUCUUUAGCGACUGUAUUCUGUACCAACACUGACCUUGAUGUAAUAUUGAUAUCUACGACGUUCUCUGUAAAUCUAUUUGUCGUCGAAUCUGGAACCCCUUGGGACUUGUUACUUGAACGUUGAAGGAACGCGAAGUACUCCCAUCUCAAUCGAAACACUCGAGAUUUAAUCUCGCGAUCGGUUGAAACACAGAUAUCC